AUGGUCACACGACUUGAGCUGGCGGUAGAAGCCCAAGAGCUCGCUGGUGAGCAGCGUGCCCUUCUCGAUCUCAUCGACAAGUUGCAGUUCGCCCAGCUCGACAAUGUAAAGUUACCACAGAUCGUCGUGGUCGGCGACCAGAGUGCCGGCAAGAGCUCUGUCCUCGAGGCUAUCACCGGCACCCCAUUCCCGCGUGAUGCUGGGGCCUGCACCCGCUUCGCAACCGAGAUCCGCCUCCGUCGGGCGCCCCAACCGAGUAUAACGGUCUCCGUGAUCCCGGACAAAAACCGCAGCUUCCCAGAACAAGAGAGCCUGAGGCGAUUUGGCGGCACUGUCAACACCGGCAUGCCGUUUGAACAACUGAUGCGGAGCGCCGUCGAUCUCAUCGCACCUAAGAACAUACCCGGGCGGUUCGCGGCUCGCGAUAUCCUUGUCGUCGAGAAACGCGGCCCAGACAUGCCGCUGUUGACCCUAGUUGACCUGCCAGGCUUGGUUCGCAACGCAAACAACGACCAGUCCCUCGAAGAUAUCAAGACCAUCGAGUCGCUCUCCGACCGCUACAUGAAGAGCUCCCGUACGAUUAUCCUUGCCGUCGUCGGCGGCAACUCCGACUAUGUCCAAGCGCCCAUCCUCACCAAAGCCCGCCACUUCGAUCCUAAUGGGUCUAGGACGAUCGGUGUCCUGACGAAACCCGACUUGACCGAAUCGAUUGGCCUCGAAGACAAGUUCAUCGAUCUCAUCCAAAACAAGGACAAACGCAACGACUUCAAGCUUGGUUGGUAUGUCCUACUGAACCCAGGCCCCCGUGAACCGGGCCAGCCCUGGCCAUCGGCCGAAGAUCGCCGGCGAAGCGAAGCCGUCUUCUUCAACAGCGGCAAAUGGAGCUCCAUCCCGAGUUCCUUCUGUGGUGCUGGCGCCUUAAUGCGGAAACUCAGCAUGCAACUACAGCAACACAUUGGGAAACAUGUCCACGUCUUGCGGAAACAGAUCCAGAAGGCCCUUGACGAGUGUGAGUGUGAGCUUAAGUCGCUGGGCGACGCCAAGGACACACCGGAAGAGAUGAGGACCGAGCUGGUUGAGCUCUUCUCGUCGUCCAAGGAGCUAGUGAUACCCGCUGUUUACGGCUUCUACAAGAACCCCCCCAAGAAGAACUUUUUCCGGGUAACUGCCGAUCCCAGAGGUACCCCAGCUCAGAACCUCCGAGCCCGUGCCGCCGAGGAGAAUGACCGCUUCUCUACGAGGGUCCGCGCCCACGGCCGCAAGUUUGGCUUUUCUGCCUCGGCGGCCCACACAUCCGGUGAAGCGACGCCGGUGAACAGCGCCAAGCGAGACUUUGUUGGCCAAGAGGUCGAAAUGCUGCUGCGCCAGAUCCGCGGCUCUGAGUUCCCCAUGGACCCCAAGCCUCGUGCGGUUUACAUGCUCUUCCAGAGCUACUCAGAAAACUGGCCCAAACUGGCUCAAGAGCACAAGGAUAAUCUCGGCGUUGUGUGCAACGAGUUCCUCGGCGAGCUGAUCGACUACGCCUGGCCAAAGCGUAUGCGUGAGCCCCUACGUCGGCACUUCUUAGAGCCGCACAUGAAGGAGCUCAUGGCGAAAGCACAGGAUGAGCUAGACCGUCUAACCCAAGACAUGAGCCUCGAGGUGCAGCCGUACGAUCCCGAGUACGAGGAGCGCCUGCGGAGUUGGCACGCCAAGAUCUCCCAGGACGGUGCGAGCUUUUCGGAGGCUGAAGAGGUCUUGGAGAAAAUGCUGAUUUACUACGAGCUGGCGGCGAAAACCUUCAUCCGCAACACCAUUAUCCAGGUGGUUGAGCGCCAUCUGUUGCAAGGGAUGUACAGCAUCUUUAACUCCGUUGAGGUUUUGAACCUCAGCACCGAUAUCAUUGAAGCUAUCGCGGCCGAGAACAAAGAGACCCGGGACCGGCGGCAGACGUUGAGGAUACAGAAGAAGGCCAUCGAGGAGGCCAAGGAGAUCUGUGCUGGCUUAGCCAUGCGCAAGGAGCUCAGAGCAUACGCCGACGAAGGGGCCAGCGAUGUAUCCGACACAUCCGACAAAGACGAGCCAUGGAUGGCCGAUGGCAGGACAUCCCCUACACGGCACCGUCCAGGCUCAACCCGUUUAUCCCGUCGCCCGUUACAACAAGCCACGGGCGAACCCCAGGCCACAACCCACUCACCGCAAUCCCAACCUCCCUCCGACCGACCUUACGACAACACAGCUUACACCCAACAACAACCACCCCAACCCCAGCCUCAAAGCUAUACCUAUGCACCUUCUCCAACUGCCGACCGCCACGACCGCUACGACCGUCAAUUUGAGUCUGACAACCACUCCACCCCCCGAGCACCUCAACAAGCUCCUCCACCUCCACCACCUCCGCGGCCCGGCAAAGUCCGCGCUGCCGAUGACGACCUGACAUAUCAACCCCCGGUUGGCCUUCCACCACCUCGCUCGAGCUCAACACGCGUGAGCCAGGCGCCAGGGUCCAGUCCGGAGGGGUAUUAUACUAAUGCGCCUGCGAACGGCCACGGCAGCGGAGCGGCACAUGCAGCUGCGGCGGAGUUUGAGGCUGGACGGAGGAAGAAGAGGACGCCAGGAACAAUUUAUUAG